UUUGGAAUAGCAAGGUAAAAGUCUGUAGUUAAAUCUUGGGAGUUGGGACCACAAUAAUACUUAAAUUAAUAAUAUAAAAAAAAGUAAAAUAUAAAAAGUAGGUUUAUUAAUUCACUUUUGCAGGAUUGUUGUCACGCAAAGUCCAAAAAAAUCAAUAGUUAGGUUUUUCGUGUACUGUCCUUGUCCAUUAGACCAUUGAGCAUUUGAGGCUUUGAGCCGCAGACCUGCAGAAAGUCAGAAUCGCACAGUAGAGGAUAGACGUACAGUCGCUCAAGCAGUCAAGCGUCAAACUUGAUACAAUUACUCCGAAUACGUUACUCAUUAGGUUCAAAACUCGAAACCGAUUAAAAUUAAAGAUGAGUGAUUAUAAUGCAUCAAGAAAGAAGAACAAGGGAAAUAGUACGUUAGAUGCAUAUUUUCAGAAAAAAAGGAGGACACAAGAGGAUAAUACAUCAUCUCCAAUUGCCACUCAAAAUCAAAACGAGAAUGAAUCUUCCCCUUCCGCUCCAAAUACAACUGCUCCAACUAGAGAAAGAGUAACUCAAUUUGAUAUCAAUUCUCUCUCAUAUGAUCCUGGACUGAGGAAAAGAAUUAGUGAUUAUCAUCCUGAUGAUCAAGAUGCAGUUAGAAGAGCAUAUAUUCAAAGAACAGUUGUCCAACCACGUGAUCACGAUUUUCAACAAAGAUUUGUUGGAGGUGGAAUGCGUCGUUUUAAUCCUGACUGGUAUGAUGCUUACAAAACUUGGCUUGAGUGUAGUAUUGCAAAAGAAGCUGCAUUUUGCUUUGUUUGUUAUCUGUUUAGAGAUGAUAUAGGUGCUAUGGAUGGUGAUGGGCAUGAUACUUUUGUUUCAAAAGGUUUUAAAGGCUGGAAUAGACCACAUGCUUUUUCUAAGCAUGUCGGUGCUAUUAAUAGUGUUCACAAUAGGUGUAUGGAGAAAUACAAUGCUUUAAUUGAUCCACAAACAUCCAUUCAAAAUGUCUUAUCUCCAGUAACUCCACAAGCUAGAAAGGAUUACCAAACACGUUUGGUUGCUUCACUUGAUUGUUUGAGAUACCUUUUACUUCAAGGUAUGGCUAUUCGUGGUCAUGAUGAAAGUGAAAAUUCUUUUAAUCAGGGAAAUUUUCGUGAACUUUUAAAGUGGUAUGCUAAAAGGAAAAAAAAAGUUGCGAAAGUUGUUUUGAAAAAUGCACCAGAAAUAAUCAAAUGAUUUCUCCUUUGAUUCAAAAAGACCUUGCUAAUUCUUGUUCCAAAGAAACAAUUAGAGUAAUUAUGGAGGAGUUGGGUGAUGAUUACUUUGGUAUAUUGGUUGAUGAAUCUCGUGAUGUGUCAUGUAAAGAGCAAAUGGCAUUUUGUUUGCGUUAUGUUGAUAAAAAAGGAGUAGUUGUGGAAAGAUUUAUUUGUGUUGUUCAUGUUAAGGAUACUACUGCACUAUCUCUUCGGGAUGCAAUUUAUUCUAUACUUGCUGAGUAUGACUAACCCCAACUAAAAUUAGAGGGCAAGGUUAUGAUGGGGCUAGUAAUAUGAAGGGAGACUCCAAUGGUCUCAAAACUUUGAUUAUGAAUGAAACAAAAUCUGCAUAUUACAUUCAUUGUUUUGCCCAUCAACUCCAGCUAACACUUGUUGCAGUUUCCAAAAAGAAUGUUGAUUGUGGUUGGUUAUUUGAACUUCUUUCUACUAUGUUGAAUGUUGUUGGAGGCUCUUGUAAGCGUCAAGAAAUGCUUAAUGAUUCUCAAACUAAAUUUGUUGCAAAAGCAUUUGAAGAUGGUGAAAUUGAAAGUGGGAAAGGUUUGAAUCAACAACUUGGACUGGGAAGACCGGGUGAUACUCGUUGGGGAUCUCAUUAUAAGUUAUUGUUGAAUGUAAUUGUCUUGC